GAAUCAAUGUUGCUACUUUCAUCUUUUGCUUUUCGAAUGAAGUCAGUUGGUAUAUUUGAAGAAGAUAAAAAGUGAAAAGAACAAUGUUCUCAUCAGCCGUAGAUCAAAGGAUUAAUCAAAUGUCAACUUGUGAAUUAAUAAAUGAAUAAACGCCCUAAAAACUAUUGUGUUGUGUGAUCUGUUUGCCAACGUUUAGUGACGGAUUAACAAUGUACUUCAAAGAGAACAGGAGUGGUCUGUAAAAAAACACAAGAUGUUAGUGAUCUCAGAUCGAAGAAUAAAAAUAAUGUACUAACAUUUAUCCGAUUAGAAAUUAUUGAAUGAAGAAAAUCCGCCCUAUAAUCUCAGCUAGAACGUCAGUCAACGCAUGUUUUAUCCCGAGUGCAUGACUUCAUAAAAGCAAGAUAUUUGUGUUUUACCGGUUUCAUCAGAGUAAGGCUACUUCGAAACCAAGAUUGUAAGCGAUCCUUUAUUGCAAAUCUUUGCACUCGGUUCACAUUGGUUUAUUGUGGUUAUUCUUUAGAAAAAGGAGUGAAUUUCUUACUUCGUUUUGAGGACAGUGCGCAAAAUGGGACGGGUAAACAAAAGGUAGCAAAAUUUAAUGCCUACUUACUUCAAUACAAUAUCUAAACAUCAUUUCCUUUAUUUUUGUGUUUGUAUUUGUAGAAUAUAACGUGAAGUUGUGUAUUAAAUACGAACAACUAUCAACAAUGAGUACUGAUAAUCCACGACAAUCACUAACAUUAAUACAGCCAACAACUGAUCGUAGUCACGUAACUUCAAAUGACGAUAAAUCAAGUUCCACAUGUUGCUGUCGUGAAUGUCCUGGUACACUUUGUUUAAUUAAUCGGUGGACAAUCGAUGAUAAUUGUAUCGAUUCUAUACGUUAUCAGAAUCAACAAUCGGUAUUUACUGUUGAACUAUCAAUGACCCAUGGAUCAUAUCAUCGCUUAUCUACUCUUCCAAAUAAUGAGUGGUUAAUUACAAAAACGAAGAGUAAUCAAUUAUUAGAAAUAACAUUUGAUAAAUGUGUGAAAACCGAAGUAUUUAAUGAAAAAUUGCACCAUAUAACAAUGAUUAAUGAUAAUUGUGGUACAUUAGUUGUUGUGGCAUAUUCACAAAUAUAUUUAGUCGAUCAAAAGCAAUAA